AAUUGACAUCGCAAAGUUGCAACUUUUUUUUUUCUGUCUUUACCCACUUUCCCCAUUAUCUUCCACCUUACCCUCUUUUCGUAUCCCUUACAAAGAACACACAGCGCUUAUAUAUUUUGUUCAACUUUUUUUAAAAAAAGAUAACUUAAACUGCUCAAGAUGCCACCUAAAAAAGCAGCUGAAGGAAAAGGAAAAGCCCAGGGAAAGAACAAGGCCCAGGAGCCUAAACCAAAAAAAGAUCCUAUGAAAAAGGCCGCUGAUGCCACUUUUGGUCUAAAAAACAAAAACAAAUCUACCAAAGUGCAAACCAAGAUUAGACAAAUCGAACAAAAUGCUGGUAGCACCAACAGUAAAGAGGCUAAGCGUCAAGAGGUUAUGCGUAAGCGCCGUGAAGAAGAAAAGAAAGCUUCUGAACAGGCAAAGGCAGAAGUUUCCGCCUUGUUCAAUGCUCUACCCAACAAGCAUAAUAACCAGCAAUUUAUUACGCGCAAAGAAGAAGUUAAGGAAUCGCAAAAGAUCGACUACUACACCGAUGUGCGUGAUCGACAAACCGAUUUGCCUCCUGAAAAACGUCCUUGGACAAAUACCGACAUUGUUUGCAAGUUCUUUUUGGAAGCUUGCGAACAAGGCAAAUAUGGCUGGCUUUGGCAAUGUCCUAAUGGCAACAUGGCUUGUAUUUACAAGCAUUCUUUGCCCCAUGGCUACGUUUUAGCCCGUGACAAGAAGAAGAUUGACAACGACAAGGAGGAGAUUAGCUUGGAAGCCUUUAUUGAGAUUGAGCGUUAUCGCUUAGGUCCAAACCUUACUCGUGUCACUGAAGAAAACUUCAAGCAAUGGUGUGACAGGCGUCAAGACCGUUUGAACAAAGAAUCUGAAGAACGUCGCAAGAACCGUCCUACCGGUAGAGGUAACAUCACUGGUCGUGAAUUCUUUGAACGUAAUGGUAGUAAGGUGAAGGAUGUAGGUGAUGCUGAGAAUGAAGAGAACUGGGACUUCUCAGCCCUCCGUCGUGAAACAGAGGCUUUGCGAGACUCUCAAGAAAAUAAUGCUGCUACUGCUUAGACAUUUUAUAAACUCUAAUUUUUUUUAAGUUUUGAUAUAAUUAUCUAAAAAUUAAAAAAAAUUGAUUGUUGCGGUGUUUUAGAAUGAGCCUAUUUCGCAGGUGUUUUAUUUAUCUUUUUUCUCUCCCCUUUUGUACUAUAAGAAGCGAAAGAAAAAAGAAUGGGUUCAUUCGUUUUUUGUUUUAUUGUUAAUAUUCUAUGGUUUAUAAGGAGUGUUGAUGUUAAUUGGUUGUCUAUGUUGUUUGGAUUGGCUUUUUUAUUGGGUAUCCUGACUGGAGAUUUCAUUUAGUGAAGAUAGAGGGCAACUUGUUUUUCACAAAUAAAGCUAUGGAAAAGUUGGAUAGCUUAAGAAAAAAGUCGACAGGAGGUGAUUUUGUUAUAUGUUUGAAACAAGAAUAGUAUAACAAGUUUGCCUCUUGGUAGUUUAUGCUUCGGCGUUAUAAUGAAUGUAUUGGAAAAUAAAAUAUUCUUGCAAGCUGUAAUAACUUGUUCAUCGGUUUUGCUCCUAA